AGGUCAACCAUGGCAGCAGCGAAUGCGGUUUAUAACGUCACGACGGUGCAGGAGCCCAAGGCCGGAAAGUGGCUCAUCGUGCCCUCGGAGUAUCUGGAUAAAUGGCGCUUUGGCAUUAAGGUGGCGGCCGUGCUUUUCUCCCUGCUGGCCUUCAUCCUGGCAGCGACAGUCUACCUGUGUUCCUCCUGCCCGGCACUCUACUUCUUUCAGUUCACCAGCUGUGCAGCCUUCCUCUUCACCGGCCUGCUUGUCUUUUUUCUCGCCACACCCUUCCACCGCAGGGUUGGCAUCUCCGACUGGCCCAUGCUGCUGAAUGUAUCGCAGGAUGGGAAGACAGUAAGUGAAGCAUCCAACUAUAUGUACCACCUAUUGUUUUGGAGGCGUAACAGCUGAGCGAAAGACACCAGGGCACAAGUAUAAAUGCUGGCAGCAUCGUAAGCCACUUGUGCAGGUCACACCAUAGGCUCCAUGCAGAAGAUAAAUCAGCCAUUAACAAGCAACCCCUCCCACAGGACUUCUCAUACACUGUGGCCAUCGGCUUCCUCAUCUUCCUUGCCUCUGCCGCCUUUGCCUCUGAACACAGAUGGACUCUAGAGGUGCAAAUGUCAGUGGCAUUUGGGUUCAUAGCUUGUGUCCUGUUUCUGGUGGAUGCCGUGAUUUUUGUGAAGAUCAAGGGAUGGCCGUGUCACUCAAAGCCCCGGGCACCGCCGGAGCAGAGCGAGACCCCCGAAGCGGAGAAGCUCACUGUCCACAGUGAGGAAUAGGAUUUCGCGGCCUGGGUUACCUGGGUUACACCCUCUUCUGUCCUUCAUGCCCCCCCCACCGCCCUGCUUUGCUUCUAGUAUUUCAGAAAUCAGGGAGCAAGCCUUCAGCUGAAGCCUUCAAUUCAAUUGCCCCCCAUUGUUGUUUUUGGUUGGUGGUUCUUGCUGACAGCUGUGUCACCAAUUGCCUCCUGUAAAACUUGCUGGAAUGGAUGGGUCUGCUUUUCUGUUCCUCAGUGGGUCACAUGGUAACAUGCAUGGGUCUGUUUUUCCGUCCCGUACUGGGUUGCAUGGUAACAUGCGUGGGUCUGCUUUUCUGUCCCGCAGUGGGUCACAUGGUAACAUGCGUGGGUCUGCUUUUCCGUCCCGCAGUGGGUCACAUGGUAACAUGCGUGGGUCUGCUUUUCCGUCCCGCAGUGGGUCACAUGGUAACAUGCGUGGGUCUGCUUUUCUGUCCCGCAGUGGGUCACAUGGUAACAUGCGUGGGUCUGUUUUUCCGUCCCGUACAGGGUUGCAUGGUAACAUGCGUGGGUCUGCUUUUCCGUCCCGCAGUGGGUCACAUGGUAACAUGCAUGGGUCUGCUUUUCUGUCCCACAGAUGGUCACAUGGUAACAUGCGUGGGUCUGCUUUUCCAUCCCGUAGUGGGUUGCAUGGUAACAUGCGUGGGUCUGCUUUUCCGUCCUGCACUGGGUCACAUGAUAACAUGCGUGGGUCUGCUUUUCCGUCCCGCAGUGGGUCACAUGGUAACAUGCAUGGGUCUGCUUUUCCGUCCCGCAGUGGGUCACAUAGUAACAUGCGUGGGUCUGCUUUUCUGUCCCGCAGAUGGUCACAUGGUAACAUGCAUGGGUCUGCUUUUCUGUCCCACAGAUGGUCACAUGGUAACAUGCGUGGGUCUGCUUUUCCGUCCCGCAGUGGGUCACAUGGUAACAUGCGUGGGUCUGCUUUUCCGUCCCGCAGUGGGUCACAUAGUAACAUGCGUGGGUCUGCUUUUCCGUCCCGUAGUGGGUCACAUGGUAACAUGCGUGGGUCUGCUUUUCCGUCCCGUAGUGGGUUGCAUGGUGACAUGCAUGGGUCUGCUUUUCCGUCCUGCAGUGGGUCACAUGGUAACAUGCGUGGGUCUACUUUUCCGUCCCGCAGUGGGUCACAUGGUAACAUGCGUGGGUCUGCUUUUCCGUCCCGCAGUGGGUCACAUGGUAACAUGCGUGGGUCUGCUUUUCCGUCCCGCAGUGGGUCACAUGGUAACAUGCGUGGGUCUGCUUUUCCGUCCCGCAGUGGGUCACAUGGUAACAUGCGUGGGUCUGCUUUUCCAUCCCGUAGUGGGUCACAUAGUAACAUGCGUGGGUCUGCUUUUCCGUCCCGCAGUGGGUCAUAUGGUAACAUGCGUGGGUCUGCUUUUCCGUCCCGCAGUGGGUCACAUGGUAACAUGCGUGGGUCUGCUUUUCCGUCCCGCAGUGGGUCACAUGGUAACAUGCGUGGGUCUGCUUUUCCGUCCCGCAGUGGGUCACAUGGUAACAUGCGUGGGUCUGCUUUUCCGUCCCGCAGUGGGUCACAUGGUAACAUGCGUGGGUCUGCUUUUCCGUCCCGUAGUGGGUCACAUGGUAACAUGCGUGGGUCUGCUUUUCCGUCCCGCAGUGGGUCACAUGGUAACAUGCGUGGGUCUGCUUUUCCGUCCCGCAGUGGGUCACAUGGUAACAUGCGUGGGUCUGCUUUUCCGUCCCGUAGUGGGUCACAUGGUAACAUGCGUGGGUCUGCUUUUCCGUCCCGUAAUGGGUUGCAUGGUGACAUGCAUGGGUCUGCUUUUCCGUCCUGCAGUGGGUCACAUGGUGACAUGCGUGGGUCUGCUAUUCCAUCCUGCAGUGGGUUGCAUGCUGACAUGCAUGCAGUUAUUCUUCUGUUUUUUGUACAAUUGAUAUAAAUCAUUUUUUUAAGAGAUUACGUUGUAUUCCAGGCUUCACGCCAUUGCUAUCUGCACGUCUAUCCCAAGAUGCAAUCCACAAUGCAUAACAGUACAGGAAUAUAAAGACUCAGUCAGUGGUUUCCUGACAAUAGUUACGAAUCAACAUCCCAAACUUCUUGCCAAACUCCGUUUUUGGACUAAAGUUUGCAUUAUUACCAUAUAUUGCUUAUGUGCCAAAUAUUUCAGACAGUAGUCACUAAUGUUGUAUUCUGUUUCAUGCAUCUGUAAUUAAUCAUUACGGAACUUAAAAGAUAAUAAAAUGCAGUUUUAUUUUUUUACUGGAA